GGAGAAGGCAAUGGCAACCCACUCCAGUAUUCUUGCCUGGAAAAUUCCAUGGACAGAGGGCCUUGGCGGGCUGUUGUCCUUGGGAUCACAAAGAGUUGAAAGGUCCUGUCCAUGAUAUCCGCAGCUAAUUGGAGUUGUAUGGAGAAUUGAACUCGGCCAGUCAGUUAGUCUCUGUGUCCUAAGACUCUGUCCCUGGACAUAAAUGCUGCGAGUGGAGGUGUACUCUGGGGCAGAAGGAUCAGUGAUGUUCAACACAAUGGCUGUCCCCAUUGCCUGCAAGAUGCAGGAGCAAGCCAGGUUCUGGCAGAAUCCAGGAAACAGCCAGGAAUAAUGGAGAGCAUGGUAUACUAAGCUGUCUCCAAGAUGGUUUUCAGGAGGCCUGCUUGGACUUGAGUUCCUGUGUCAGAGAAAUUGUCUAUUACUGCUUUGUAGUAGACCCUGUGAUUGAGGUUACAAUCUGAAUUAGAACCUCGUUUCCUCAUGAGCCCAGGGAAAAGAAACAUAGUCUCUAUCAUAAAAGCAAAGGCCAUGUAUUGCUCCACACAGGAUUGUUGGUUUUGAAGGCAUAGAAAGCCCAGGAGGACGCAGGGGCUUGCUUCAGGAAUUCAUCUGCUCCAGGGGCCCUGGUCUUGACCCUGUUCUGUGCAGCAUUGUGUGAACACUCCUUAUGUAGCAUUCACACAGUAGUUCUUAUGUGAAGAAACUACUUAAUGCCCGGCAAUGAGUUGUCUUGGCCAGCAACAUCCUAUAGAACCCCCCCCAGGAAUAGCUGCAGAGGCUAAACCACAGUGUUGCCAAGGAAACAGCUCACAGGAGGGCAAUGCUGUGUUCAGGAGUAUACCCCUCUGGUUCCCUAAGCAAGUAACAGGCCAGAAGAUGAGCCCAUGGCCUCAGAAUAGUGCAAAUACUGUUCCCUAGCUACCUGCUUCCUCUAGGACUCCCUGUUGACCUAGGGACAUUAAAAAGGCACCUCUGUGGUUCAUAUGUUUGAAGCACUAAAAUGUCUUAUUUAUGCGGGGCCCAAAGAAACCUGUGUACUGCAAGACUUGGGUUUCAAAGGAUUUAUUAUGGCUCUUGCUUCUAAGAAUGAGCUGAGGCCUCCAUAUUUAAUUUUUUUUUUAAACUGCACACUCAAGAUCCACUUCCUUUACCAUCUUGCAAGUCUCAUGAACAAGGGUGGGGCUGCUUCUAUCACAUGCCAGCUUGUAGGGCACAUGCCAGCUUGCUGGGACCCAGACAGCACGUCCUCUCCAUGUGACUUCUCAUUUCCCUGUUUACUCGGAGGAUCUAGAGGCAAGAGCAGGCAAAGUCAAGGAGCAUCUCUGGAGACCAGAAGGCUGUUUGUAUGCUCCCCACAUAAGGCAGCAUGAUUCUUUCCACCUAUAACACCAUCCAGUCGAUUUUCUGCUGCUGCUGUUGCUGUUCCGUGCAGAAGCGGCAAGUGAGGACACAAAUAAGCCUUAGCAAAGAUGAAGAACUUUCAGAAAAAUACACACAGCGUCGCAGACCGUGGUUCAGUGACUUGCCAAGUAAGAAGCAAUCCAACAGGGGCCAUGGACAACCAUCAAAACGCAAGCCACUGCCUCCCCUCCCACCCUCUGAGGUUUCUGAAGAGAAGAUCCAUGUUAAGGCACUGUACGAUUUCCUGCCCAGAGAGCCCUAUGAUCUAGCCUUAAAGAGAGCAGAGGAAUACCUUAUCUUGGAGAAGUAUGAUCCUCACUGGUGGAAGGCAAGAGACCGCUUGGGGAAUGAAGGCUUAAUUCCAAGCAACUAUGUGACCGAAAACAAACCAACUAAUUUAGAAAUAUAUGAGUGGUACCAUAGGAAUAUUACUAGAAAUCAGGCAGAACGUCUUUUGAGACAAGAGUCUAAAGAAGGUGCAUUUAUUGUCAGAGAUUCAAGACAUUUGGGAUCCUACACCAUUUCUGUGUUUGUAAGAGAUAAGAGAGAUAUGGAGGCUACCAUCAAGCAUUAUCAAAUUAAAAGGAAUGACUCAGGACAGUGGUAUGUGGCUGAAAGACACCUGUUUCAAUCAAUCCCUGAGUUGAUCUGGUAUCACCAGCACAAUGCAGCCGGACUCAUGUCCCGUCUCCGUUACCCAGUUGGUCUGAUGGGCAGUUGUUUGCCGGCCACAGCUGGUUUUAGUUAUGAAAAGUGGGAGAUAGAUCCAUCUGAGUUGGCUUUUGUGAAGCAGAUUGGAAGUGGUCAGUUUGGGGUGGUCUAUUUAGGCCAAUGGCGAGCACAUGUCCAGGUAGCUAUCAAGGCCAUCAACGAAGGCUUCAUGUCUGAAGAGGACUUCAUUGAAGAGGCUAAAGUGAUGAUGAAGUUAUCUCAUUCGAAGCUGGUUCAGCUUUAUGGAGUGUGUAUACAGCAGAAGCCCCUUUACAUUGUGACAGAGUUUAUGGAACAUGGCUGCCUGCUUAACUAUCUGAGAGAGAGAAAAGGAAAGCUCAGCAAGGAGAUACUACUGAGUGUGUGCCAAGAUAUCUGUGAAGGAAUGGAGUAUCUGGAGAGAAACUGCUUUAUCCAUAGGGAUUUAGCAGCAAGGAAUUGUUUGGUCAGUUCUACAUGUAUAGUAAAAAUUUCGGACUUUGGAAUGACAAGGUAUGUAUUGGAUGAUGAAUAUGUCAGUUCUUCUGGAGCCAAGUUCCCAGUCAAGUGGUCCCCUCCUGAAGUUUUUCAUUUCAACAGAUACAGCAGCAAAUCUGACGUCUGGUCAUUCGGAGUUUUGAUGUGGGAAGUUUUCUCAGAAGGAAAAAUGCCUUUUGAAAAUAAGUCAAAUUUGCAAGUCGUGGAAGCUAUUUCUAAAGGCUUCAGGCUGUACCGACCUUACCUGGCACCAAUGUCCAUAUAUGAAGUCAUGUAUAGCUGCUGGCAUGAGAAACCUAAAGGCCGCCCGACGUUUGCUGAGCUGCUACAGGUUCUUACAGAGAUUGCAGAAACCUGGUGACCUAAAGGGACUGCCAACCCAGAGGAUCAUCCUGCAGGACUGUCAUGAAAGGAAACCCUGGGUGAAGUCACUGAUGGUGAAUAUCACCCUUUACAGCCACUGACUCUGAGAAACAGUGCAAAGAUCACAGGCUUUUCCAAUUUGUUAAAGCUUGAGAGUAUUCUGACAAUAACUUUUCUACAUGUAUGUUUGAGAGUGACUUCUAAACUUGGAUUUUUCUGUAAUAUUCUUUAUGUCUCAUGCAUAAAGAAUGAAAAAAUUGCUCCAUAGUCGUCUUUAUAGUGGCUGCUCUUCAUGAGAAGCGCCCUGAGAGCCCCCAAGGUUACAUGAAAACCUUAUCCUUAACUGAGGACACUGCUUUACUGAAGAGGAGUGACUUUUUUUUACUUUGGUGGCUCAUGUGUAGAAAAUGAAAAUAAAUUCUGCCAAAUCCUGGAAUAAAGGAGCCUCCCCUGCAGGAUGUUGUGCUUUUGAGCUGUACAGAUCUUUAUGAAAAAUGCACCUUUACAAGCCACAUGAGUGGGCAUUCUGGAACUGUCCUUCAUAAUCUUCCUUAUAUUAUUUAAUAAACUAUUUUUGCACAGAUUUAA